AUGAGGGUCCUGCCCGAACUCCGCAUCAUUCAGCAGGAGUUUAACCGCCGAGACAAGAGACCCUAUCCAGGAAAAUCCGGUCGAGGAACCUCUGAUGAUGACGAGGACGAGGAUGGCAACAGGGCCAGAAAAAAGCCUGGCCGCAAGCCCAACCCCGCCUCGCCUGCCGUACGCAAGGAGCAGAACAGGGCUGCCCAGCGAGCGUUCCGAGACCGUAAGGAGCGACACCUUCAAGAGAUGGAGAGUACGAUCAAGGAGCUCAAGGAAACCAACAACGACAUCACACAGGAAGCCCGUCGCCUGAAGAAUGCCAACGAGCUGCUGCAGAGCGAGAACUUUUAUCUGCGGGAGGUUGUCUUUUCGUUCGAGACGGCCCUGAGCAAGGGCGGCCACGUCGUCAUUCUCCAGGAGGUCAAGGCUGAGCUAUAUCGACGACACUAUGAAAAGCACUCGGCCAAGAGGCUCGAUCCACCACCCCCACCCCCAGUAACCACAACACCUGCUGCAUCAAUACAAGACCACCAGUCAACUUCGACCCAAUCCAUGUUUAUCCCUACUGGAAGCUUCCUCAUUCGACCAGAGUGCACCGAUGCCGUGUCUAGCGCCCGUCAGCGACAAGAAUUUGGCCAAGCCGUGGUGAAUGCCAUCACCAUCAAUUGCUCAAAGUCACCAUCGCCCUCCGUCUCUAUCAUAUCAUCAUCCUCAUUGACCUCCAACGGAUCGACCUCAUUAUCUGACAGCCCUCCACUGCCGAGCAGGGCUUGCUCUCCGGUCGUGUGGGAGAGACCAGGGGCGAAAGCAGCAGCGGAUCCCAACGACGACAAUAUUUUCUCCAUGAGCAGCGACAUUUUCUACAAGGCCCCUUCUCCCCGCUCUUUUCUCGAUGCCUAUCACGCUAGGCUUGCAAGGUCGAGCUCACCCUUUUCCCCCAUCACCAUCCCUCGUUCCGCAAUGUCAGGGCAGGAUACCGAGAUGGGGGCCAGGGUCACAGAAUACACCAAACAGCCGACCAUGUUUGACGAGCUGCAGUCGUCGCUCUUUCCACCGGGCACGCUGCAAUCUCUUAUCCACAACAACCUAUCGACCCCUCAGGAGAUUGUAAACGACGUCCCUCUGCUGGAUCAGUUGGGCAGUAGUGCUCCUUCCAAGGACCCCGUCAUUUCAUCCGGAUACCAGGCUUUCCCCUUUUCGCUCUCCCUUAUGGACUCCCUCCUCCCGAAUGAGCCAUCGUCGAUUUUGGACGAUGAUAAUGGAGAGUACCGCCUGUCGACACCAACGCUGGGGCUUGACGACGGCCUGAAGCAGGAAGUUAUUCCCAGCAAACGACUUCAAUUGGAGAUUCGCGUCCUUGCCUCGGCACCUCCUGCUGUGGACCCCAAUAUUGACGUCAAGGUCUACUCGCUCCCCCACGACCCUCGGAUCGACUUGAUUCCUUGCCCCAGACUCCGGGCACAAAUGAUUCUGCACCAAACCAAGUUUGAUAUCGAGGACCUUUGCCAGCUCCUCAUCAACGAGGCCAUUUGCCACGGUCACCCUCUAGAUCCACACAGCUGGGAGCUCCCCGAGCGGUUCUUUGACCGGUACGGUUUCCUACUGGGACAAGAGAUGUUGCGACACCGCAACAAGAUUUGGCCUAAGAAGGAUGAACCCCUUGCAGACUUUUUCUGGCUCUACAUCCUCUCUGCCUUAACCUUCUUAACUGCCGCAACCAUGUUCGCAAUCCCGUUCCUGGCGAUGGAGCUGCACCUCGCGAUUGUUGUAGUCUGGGCGUACCGGGCAUUGGGUCAGCUGUUGCGGUAUGAGGGGCACUUUGGGUUUGUGGACAAGUACCGGCUGUACUUUGAUCCCGCUCUGGUAUUCUACAAGCACCAGUACUGGCGGAUUGUAACGGCGUUCCUGUACUAUGGCGAAGGAGGCGACGAGAUAGACUUUGAGUUCUUCUACACCUUCAACAUGAUCAUCUUUAGCUACUAUUUGGAGAGAGAAUGGUUCUCGGAGAGAACGGUCGACUUUGUCUGGGCAUACUUUCUCUCCGCAUGUGCCCUCUUGAUCGCGUCAACACUGCACGCACUCCCAUUCAUAGCAAUCGAGCUACACCUAGUCUUCUUCCAGGUCUGGCUCUUGCAUGGGACCAGUGUAGGGACCAACAAGAGAUUGAUCCUCCUCUCGUGGGCCGUCAAUAUUGGCCUCGCCUCGAUAGCCUACUACUACUCGGUCUAUGGACGAUUCACCGCCUUAGCCUUUGGGGCUCUAUACCAUUUCUUGGAGAACGUGCUUCCUGCCUGGUCCAUGUCUCGUGGUGUUCGGCUGUUCAGGACGCCCGACUUUGUGUAA